AGCAGAGCAAGCCGAAGCGGCUCUAAUAUGCGUGAGCUCAUGUGGGUGUUGGCCCUGUGGACGCUGUUGCCACCUGUGGUUGCCGAGCUGCUUUGUUGGCCGGACUCAGUUCCGCAGAGGAGCCGCAGCGCCUGGUCGGAGGCCCGCUGUUUGCUCCAGAGCUCUGCUGAGGUCCCGCGUUGUGGCUGGCGUGUGGCUGGUCGCAGUCCCGCGCGAUGGGAGGUCUCUGCUACGUUGGACCACCGGGACGCGGUCUGCGACCUCACUUGGUCGCCCAGUGGGCGAAUCACCAGCGCCUGCGCGGAUGGCACGGUGAGCCUUUGGGAGGCCUCUGAGCCCAAUGCCUCCAGUGCGAUUGAGAACCAUCCGCCAGCCUCAUGGACAUUGAAGGCCCUGUUGGGCGCCCCCUACAUUGCCGCGGUGCGGGACCUCACCUGGUCCCCCGAUGGUGAUGCCUUGCUGGCAGCCAGCACGGAUGGCAGUGCGCGGGUUUGGCGGUUGGGCGGGAAUGCCAGCCGCAUCCACGUGGAGACAGCGGAGGCCCCGAAUGCGACGGAGGUAGAGGAAGAGGUCGAAGAGGGCCUCGUGGAGGACAACUGGACCAACGGGAGCAACGUGAGUGGCCCAAGCACAGCCUGGAGGAGACUCCAGCCUCCGAAAGUGCAAGGUCUUCUGCUGGAGCCCUGGGAGGUCUUUUCGAUGUUGCAACAGCCGGACACGGCCGUCGCGGUCGAUUGGAGCAGCAAUGAGAGCGCCCUGGGGCGAGUGCUGGUGGGCAUGCGGGAACGCACGGCUUGUUCCAUGAGCGCAGGCCGAGUGUGGCCCUGUGCCGAGCAUGGCCGAGAACGGGAACUGGGUGCCACCUAUCUAGGUCUGGAGCAUUCUGCAGCAAUCUGGCACUCCAGCAAGGACAUGCCCAAGCGAUGGGCGUUGGAAGCCACCUUUGAGGGCACUCGUCACCUGAUGGUCUCUGCACGGUGGUCACCUGAUGGAAGUCGGACCUUGAUCGGCGCCAGCGACGGCGUCGCACGGAUCUGGGAGCUGGCGGACACGGACUUCCAUGGCAGCGGCCGGCAGCGGUGGAAGAUUCUCACAGAGCACACUGUCCACACUGAGGCAGUGCGAGCUGUAGCCUGGUCGCCUGAUGGGCAGCGAGUUCUAACCAGCAGCCCGCAGGGUGCGAGCAUCUGGCGGCCCUUCAACAGCAGCUGGGAAUUGGAGGGCGUCCUCUCUGCUGCGAAUGGACCGAAGCUGAUGCCAAACAUGAGCAACACCGCUUUGCCGUGGUACUCUCCUGCACGCUUGGACACGCUGCAUCCAGACGCCAACAUGGAUUGGAUUACCCGCUGGUCACCCAUUUGGGUGGCGGCAUGGUCUCCGGACGGCCAUCGGAUUCUCACCGGCAGCAAAGAUGGAUCUGCCAGGAUUUGGUUGAGGGAUCCGUCCAUUGAGGGCGGUUGGACCCUGGAAGCCACGCUGCAUGGCCAUCAUCAUGAGAUUUGGGCUGUGGCCUGGUCAACAGACAGCCUGGAAUUUCUCACAGGCGACCAGGUCGGAAAGGUGAGGCUUUGGCGUGCUGGUGACAAAGCAGCAGGAGCUUCGAUGGUCCCUUGAGGGCUUCGAACCGCCCCGCACAGGAGUCUCCCAGAUCAUCUCCUGAGCCGAGUUCGACAGAGCUGUCAGCCAUGGGCGGGUGAGACACAACGAGCUCACGUGCGCAUGAGGAUGACCCAAGAAAAUUGUGGCAGAAAAACACUGAGGAUAACCAGAAGCUGCGCGCUCUGGUGCGCACCUCAUGUGCGCACUUUGAUGCGCCGGUCCCCCAAAGGGGGAGAUGGGCGAUGGUGAAAAAGACUGCGGGUGUAUGUGCAUCGUCCAAUCCUACUUUGUGUGCAAAGCGUGGUCAGAUGUCUCCCUGUUUGUUGGUUCCACAGCGAUGAGGCCAUGUGAGACAUUGUCCAGUAGGGCCGAACGUGCAACUGCC